UCCCCCCCCUCUCAUGCAAUUACUCACAUCCACUUCCCUAUUCUCUUCUUCCUUCAGUCCCUUUCCUUCUCUCAGCUCCAUCAAAAAUGGAUUAUGAAUUCUGUUAAGCUAUCCAAUUUGGGCCUCUGUGGAGAGACCAAGUAGAGAAGCUUAAUUACCUUGUGGAGAUAGAAAUGGAGAGAAAAGAGUUUAUGCAGCAUGGUCUGGUCAGGCUGCCCCCUGGUUUCAGAUUCCAUCCUACUGAAGAAGAGCUUGUUGUUCAGUACCUGAGAAGGAAGGCCUUCUCCUUCCCCUUGCCGGCCGCCAUCAUUCCCGAGAUUGAUCUCGGGAAACUGAACCCUUGGGAUUUACCCUGUGGCUCUGGUGGGGAGAAAUAUUUCUUCUAUCUUAGGGAGAGUAAGAGUGAACAAAAAAAAGGGAGAGUAUCCUACCAGAAAGCAAGGUUGGGCUACUGGAAAUCCAUGGGGAAGGAGAAACCAGUCUUGGCUUCUUCUCAUGGAAACGAAUUAGUUGGUUUGAAACAAGUCAUGGUCUUUUACAGAGGGAAGUCUCCUCAUGGAUCAAAAACAGAUUGGAUCAUGAAUCAGUACAGCCUCUCCAACAAUGAACUUCUGAAGAGCUCAACCCAAAGUUUGAUUGCUUCAAGCAAAGAGUGGGUAGUUUGUCAAAUCUUUGUGAAGAGAAGAAGCAUGAAAUUGAGGGUGCGGAACUCAAGGCAUGAAGAAAACCUUCAGAUUCCUGCAACAUCUUCUUCUUCUUCUUCUUCUAGCUGCAUAACCGAAGAUCUCUCUGAUGAAGAAGAGUCUGUUAAUGGAGAAGAAGCUAUGAGCUAAAUUCCUACUGCUUAGCCUAUUUAAGUCUAAUAUCUUCAGCUCAUGUGCACUUUAUAUCAAAGUUUCAAUUUCAGAGAAAUCAUAAAUUGAAUCAACUUUGAGACAUUUCAUCUUAAUAACAUUAACAACCAGUUUGACUUC